UUAUUAUUAUUAUUGCUACGUAGAUCGAUCUCUUACUUACAUAUUCUCAACUGCAUGCAUUAAUGUGUGUGUUUUCACUCUAUAAUGUUUGUACUAUAAAAGUAGGUUAAGCCCACUAAUGGUGAAGCAAUAUAUUAACUAUUAUUAUUACUUCCUCUUCUCCUUCUCUUUCUCUUUCUUUUUGAGAGUAAGAGAGUAAGCCAAGAAAACAUGGGGAGAGUUUCUAAUAAACAUGUGAGUGUGUUGGGUGUGGCUGGUCUUAUGUUUGUUUUGGUGAUUGGAGUUGUUCAAUGCCGUAAGCUUGAGAAAGAAACAUUCUCUGAUGGUGUUGGUCUUGGUGGUGGUGGUGGAGGUGGAGGUGGGUUUGGUGGUGGCCAUGGUGGUGGUAUAGGCAUUGGAGGAGGAUCUGGUGGUGGACUUGGUGGUGGUUUUGGAGGUGGAAAAGGAGGCGGCUUUGGAGGUGGAGGUGGAGUUGGUGAUGGUGGUGGUGUUGGCGGUGGUGCCGGUGCAGGAGGUGGAUUUGGAGGUGGCAAAGGAGGAGGAGGAGGAAUUGGUGGUGGUGCUGGAGGUGGAGGUGGUAAAGGUGGUGGCUUUGGAGGAGGAGCUGGUGGUGGUGCUGGUGGAGGCGUUGGUGGUGGUGCUGGAGGUGGAAAAGGUGGUGGUUUUGGUGGAGGAGUUGGUGGUGGAGGAGGUGCUGGAGGUGGAGUUGGUGGUGGUGCUGGAGGUGGUAAAGGUGGUGGUUUUGGAGGAGGAGCUGGUGGUGGUGCUGGUGCCGGUGGAGGAGUUGGUGGUGGAGCAGGAGGUGGUAAAGGUGGUGGUUUUGGAGGUGGUGCUGGUGGUGGUGUCGGUGGAGGAGUUGGUGGUGGAGCAGGAGGAGGUAAAGGUGGUGGCUUUGGAGGUGGUGCUGGUGGAGGAGCUGGUGGUGGAGUAGGAGGAGGAGUUGGUGGUGGAGCAGGAGGAGGUAAAGGUGGUGGUUUUGGUGGUGGAGCCGGUGGAGGAGCUGGUGGUGGAGUAGGAGGAGGAGUUGGUGGUGGAGCAGGAGGAGGUAAAGGUGGUGGUUUUGGAGGUGGUGCUGGUGGUGGUGCUGGUGGAGGAGUUGGUGGUGGAGCCGGAGGAGGAGUUGGUGGUGGAGCAGGAGGUGGUAAAGGUGGUGGUUUUGGAGGUGGUGUUGGUGGUGGUGCCGGUGGAGGAGUUGGUGGUGGAGCUGGAGGAGGAGUUGGUGGUGGAGCAGGAGGUGGCAAAGGUGGUGGUUUUGGAGGUGGAGCUGGUGGUGGUGUCGGUGGUGGAGCGGGUGGUGGCUUUGGAGGAGGAGUUGGUGGUGGUGGUGGAGCAGGAGGAGGCAUUGGUGGUGGUGGUGGAGCAGGAGGAGGAAUAGGUGGUGGUGCAGGAGGAGGUUUUGGUGGUGGUGGAGGAAUUGGUGGUGGGUUCUGAACAAAUUACACCAUAAAUGUUUUAGCUACACAGCCAUUAUAUAGCAAACCCAACUGUGUAAUAAUCACACGAGAGAGUGUUCUUAGUUUGGUAGUGGCAUCAAAUGGGAUGAAAUAUUAAUAUCGAUAUAGUUACCUUACUAUUUCUUACUAAUUAUUAUGAAAAAAAUAAAAGAUAGCUUUUGAUGGCU